CGCGAGCCACCCCUGCGCCGGCGCGCCUCCCGCGCCCGCCGGACGGGUCCUCGGCCAGGCACAGCGUCCUGCCUGCGUCCGACGCGGGCCGGCCCGCUCGCCCCCCUCUCGGGGCUUCCGCCCGCCCGGGGGGCUCGGCGGCCCGGCCGAGCGCGGCCGUCCCCUCCCCGCGCGGGCCAUUGUGAGGUCAGGGCCGGCGGGCGCAUCGGGGGUCCGAGUGAGACCCCCGGAGCGGCCGCUUUGGCCAGUAGCUGCCGCGCCACCGCCGGCCCCUUCACCGGCCGCCGGGUUCAGACCUAGCCGGCAGGGGUGAGAGGGAUGCAGCUAGGGGCCCAGCUCCGGUGCCGCACCCCGUAAAGGGCUGACCUUCCACCUCGCCACCUCACCCACGGGAAACCAAGACCAAACCAGCUUAGAUUUCUUCUGGUGCUUGUAAAACCGAACACAACAAAAGUAUGGAUAUGGGAAACCAACAUCCUGCUAUCAGUAGGCUUCAGGAAAUCCAAAAGGAAGUAAAAAGCAUAGAACAGCAAGUAAUUGGCUUCAGUGGUCUGUCAGAUGACAAGAAUUACAAGAAACUGGAGAGGUUUCUAACGAAACAACUUUUUGAAAUAGAUUCUGUAGAUACUGAAGGAAAAGGAGAUAUUCAGCAAGCGAGGAAGAGGGCGGCCCAAGAGACAGAGCGUCUUCUCAAAGAGCUGGAGCAGAACGCAAACCACCCCCACCGGAUCGAAAUAGAGAACAUCUUUAAAGAAGCCCAGUCCCUGGUGAAGGAGAAGAUUGUGCCCUUUUACAGUGGGGGCAACUGUGUGACUGACGAAUUUGAAGAAGGCAUCCAGGAUAUCAUCCUGAGGCUGACACACGUCAAAACGGGAGGGAAGAUCUCCUUGCGGAAAGCGAGGUAUCACACUUUAACCAAAAUAUGUGCGGUGCAGGAGAUCAUUGAAGACUGCGUGAAGAAGCAGCCUUCUCUGCCGCUCUCCGAGGACGCCCAUCCUUCCGUCGCCAAAAUCAACUCGGUGAUGUGUGAGGUGAACAAGGCCAGGGGCACCCUGAUCGCACUGCUCAUGGGAGUGAACAGUAACGAGACCUGCAGGCACCUAUCCUGUGUGCUCUCGGGCCUGAUCGCGGACCUGGACGCGCUGGACGUGUGCGGGCGGACGGAAAUCAGGAACUACCGGCGCGAGGUGGUGGAAGAUAUCAACAAAUUACUGAAGUAUUUGGAUUUGGAAGAGGAAGCAGAUACUACUUACGCGUUCGACCUGGGACAGAAUCAUUCCAUUUUAAAAAUAGAAAAGGUCCUCAAGAGAAUGAGAGAAAUAAAAAAUGAACUUCUUCAAGCACAGAAUCCUCCCGAGUUGUACCUGAGCUCCAAGAUGGAGUUGCAGGCUCUGAUCGGGCAGUUGGAUGAGGUCAGUCUCGAGAAAAACCCUUGCAUCCGGGAGGCUCGGAGGAGGGCGGUCAUUGAGGUGCAAACCCUGAUAACCUACAUUGACCUGAAGGAGGCCCUGGAGAAGAGGAAGACGCUGGCUUGCGAGGAGCACCCAGCCCAUAAAGCGGUCUGGGACAUCCUGGGCAACUUGUCCGAGAUCCAGGGCGAAGUUCUCUCGUUUGAUGGGAACCGAACCGAUAAGAACUACAUCCGGCUAGAAGAGCUACUCACGAAGCAGCUGCUGGCCCUGGACGCCGUGGACCCACAAGGAGAAGAAAGGUGUAAGGCCGCCAGGAAGCAGGCGGUGAAGCUCGCCCAGAACAUCCUCAGCUAUCUGGACCUGAAGUCCGACGAGUGGGAGUACUAGACGCUGCCGUCUCGCAGGUGGUACUUCCUGUUUUGCACUUUAUGUAUACUUCUACGUGUUUGUGGAGAACUGUCAGUUCGCGGAGCCUAGAUGUGAUUUAUACAUGCAGAUUUCAGUCUCCGUUUUUAUGGUUUAAGCAAAUUAUAUUCAGUAUCUGCUGCUUUUGAUGUUGCGAAACAAAUGUCAUUACAGCACAUUAACUUUUCUAUUUGGAUCGUUAUCCGUAUGUUGUGUGGUUUUGGGGGGGGGUUUAAAUCAGAAAGUGACGGGCAGCUUUUGUCAUUUUUAAGGGGGCUGUGCAAGCACUGGGGUGCAGGCCUUUCAGGAUCUAGAUACAGACGUAGGCUGACAGGACGCUGGAACGAUUAGGAGACGGGGAGAUGUUUGGUUAGAAGUAAGGUCCAAACGUAAAGCGGACAUGGUAUGUUCUGUUGUGCUACCUACAGCACAGAGCUUGGGGGCUUUCUCCUUUGUUUCCGAGGCCUGAUUGGUUCAACCCAAGUUAAUAGGGUGAGGGGUUUUUUGUUUGUUUUCAGAUUUUCUGUUUGUUUUUUUUUUUUCAUAAGCGUUUUUUGUUUGGAAAAUGGUGUCUGUAUUUUCCCCCAUACUCUGCCUUUAGAGGGGAAACUCUUUUAUUUCCUGUGCAACAUAAGAAAAUUAUGAAAAUUAGUAGCAAAAAAAACCUUUGAGACUGCCCUGAAGAAGGGAUAAAAAACACCAAGUUAUUACCUUCAAGUUUUUGUUGUAAACUCUGAAUUCACAGUUUUCAGUGGUCAUCAGUAAGGCUGGGAACAUUUAAGUGACGUUAGGAGACCUUAAAA